ACGUUAGAUUUCUCCUACGCUCUUCUUUUCACCGUCUUCUCUCUCUCUCUCUCUCUCCCACUUAGUCCUCGAUUCUCUACGCGUUUCAGCGUUAGUCUUCUAGAUCUCUAGCUUCGUGCACGCCGAUAUAAAGUCUCUGCUCGGUCGGUAAAUCCAUCGAACAGCGUCGUUUUUGAGGGAAAAAAUGGCGCAACAAUCGUUGAUCUACAGUUUCAUCGCUCGAGGCACGGUGAUUCUCGUCGAGUUCACCGAUUUCAAAGGCAAUUUCACAUCCAUCGCUGCACAGUGCCUUCAAAAGCUCCCUUCGUCAAACAACAAGUUUACCUACAACUGCGACGGUCAUACGUUCAAUUACCUCGUUGAAAAUGGAUUCACCUAUUGUGUUGUUGCAGUCGAUUCUGCUGGGAGGCAGAUUCCUAUGGCCUUCUUGGAACGAGUUAAGGAGGAUUUCAACAAGAGAUAUGGUGGUGGAAAGGCUGCAACUGCUCAAGCAAACAGCUUGAACAAAGAAUUUGGGUCGAAACUGAAAGAGCACAUGCAGUAUUGCAUGGAUCAUCCUGAUGAGAUUAGCAAGCUUGCUAAGGUGAAAGCUCAAGUGUCUGAAGUUAAAGGUGUCAUGAUGGAAAACAUUGAGAAGGUUCUUGACCGUGGUGAGAAAAUAGAACUUUUGGUGGACAAAACCGAAAACCUUCGCUCACAGGCGCAAGAUUUCAGAACACAAGGAACUCAGAUGAGAAGAAAGAUGUGGUUUCAGAACAUGAAGAUAAAACUCAUUGUUCUUGCAAUCAUCAUUGCCUUGAUUCUCAUCAUCGUCCUCUCAGUUUGCGGGGGAUUCAACUGUGGCAAAUAAGUCUGGAACAUUUCUUCCCGGGUUGGAAGCUUCCAAGAUUUCCGUGAACAUCUUCACUCUGUUCGUUGUGCUUUUUUUUUUUUUUUGUCUUUUGUGGUUUCUAAAUUCUCAUGCUAUGUUUCUGCUUAGAUUUUACUUCUUGAAAUUGGUUUUGUAUAGGCCAUACAUAUAUACAUAUAUCAGUCUAAUCUAUUUUGGAUGUCAUAUGCCAAUUUUUAAAA